AUGAAAACAGAUCCAAACAUUAAAAUUACUAUUACAAUAAAUCAAGCAUUAGAAUAUCUUGAUGCUAGCAUUGAAAAUAAUAAUGGACAACUAAAAACCACUAUUUAUCAUAAAUCAGCUUGGGAACCUCAUAUUCUACCUUAUGAAUCUGAUCAUCCACGACAUAUUCAUGCCAAUAUAAUUUAUACAAUGUUAGUUCGAGCAGCAUAUCUUUGUUCAACUGUAGAAGAUUUGGAUAUGGAACAAUUAAGUGCAGAAAUGAUAUUAUUAGUUAGUGGUUAUCCACCAAAAUUUAUACAAAAACACAUGAAAAAUUUCUUUAUUCAACAUGAUGCGAUGAAUGUGUGGACUGAACUCGAUGGUGAAACAUAUGAACAGCUGCAUAGUACAUUACUUUACAAACCAACACGAAGAGAAAAUAAAUCCAAAGUCCAAACAAAUGGACACUUAAUUCAAAACAGAAGAAAUUAUAAACAUAAAGAUCAAAUUUAUCUUCAUUACACAUUCGAAAAUGGACCAUUAUUAAGUUUCAAAAAAGAAUAUCGUCGAAUAUGGGAGAAAUUCUAUGUUUAUCCAAGCUUACGCUUCAAAAAUACACGACUUAUUCUUGGUACAAUAUUAAAUCGUACAUUACAAAGUCUUUUGAUUCACAAAAAGCCUAAAAGAGAUAUGUUGACCAGAAUGCAACCCAUUACAGAAGCAGCUCAAACAACAAUACAGGAACGAUUCAAUCAAUGA